AUGUUUAAGAAGUUUAACCAAUACAAUUGUAUUCCUACUAAAACACCUUAUGAUGCAAGCAGUCGUUUUAAAAAACAUUUAGGUCCUAGUGUUUCCGCUUUAGAAUAUGAUAGAGUGAUCGAUAGUCUCAUGUAUCUCAUGAACUGCACAAGACCUAAUAUAGCAUAUGUGGUUAAUAGACUUAGUUGGUAUACUAGUAAUCAUAACAAUGAACAUUUGGAUGCUCUCAUUCAAGUCUUCAGGUAUCUGAGAUACAUUUUAGAGUGGGAAUAUAUUAUACCAAAUUCCCUACUGUACUUGAGAGAUAAUGUGAUGCUAACUGGAUUUUCGAUACCAAUGAAAGCAAAUCUACGAGUGGAUAUACAUAUUCGUAAAAGACAGAAUACUAUGCAUCAACUGCUUAAGGAUGGAGUUAUAGCUAUUGACUAUGUAAAAUCAAGUGAUAAUAUUGCUAACCCAUUAACCAAAAGAUUAGCUAGAGUUCAAUGGGUCAAACUAGUUAAUAUAUAUACACACACACUUGAGAGUUCUAAAACCAUUUCUGAUCACUGCACAACUGAUUUGCUUGAUAAUAGUAUCUUGAGAAUGAUUGCCCGCAAAGGUCUCAACAAUUAA